GCGUCAUUUGGAAAACACUGUUCAGCGGCAAGUAUAAACUUGCAAACUAAAUGAAAACAUACCAUCAGCACCAACAUAUCUAACAGGUUAAGCACUAAAUGUUUAUGCUGUCACUACAGUUGCUGAAAUUUGCUUGCUUUGUAAUAUGAUUUACUGAUAAUGUAUGAUACAGAUGGCCAUGAACUGUGUUUGAUUGACUCUGGUAUAAAAUCUCUCCUAAAUGUUCCGAUCCAACCUAACUUACAAGUCAUCAAUUUACAUAGCAACUUCAUACAGCGGAUUGAAAACCUACAAAAUGUGUACCAGUUAAAACAUUUAGACCUCUCAUCAAAUCAGCUGACUUAUAUUGAAGGAUUGGAAGGGUUGGCCUCAUUGAGGACAUUAAAUUUAUCCUGUAAUUUCCUGAGCGAUGUCAGAGGACUAGCUGGACUGAGGUCUUUAGUCAAGUUGAAUUUAAGUCACAACCAGAUAGAAGAUGUAUCAGGUUUUAAGUCACUCCAUGGAUCUGACUAUCGCCUCACACAUCUAGAACUCCAUGGUAACAAGUUGGUUUCCAGGAAACAUGUGAUACAGUGUCUGAGUGGGUGUGUCAAUCUUCGUCAGCUGACAUUAGAUGUUGACAGCACACCUAAUCCGCUUUGUAAUCAUUCAGAAUACAGACAGGAGAUACUAUCAGGGUUGCCUCAAAUACAGAGUUUGGACAAUGUAGGCAGAGAUGGAAUAAGUUCAGAAAAGAAAGAAGUUCUGGCAGAUAUUCCAGGUUUAGAGGAGUACAUUGAUUAUUUAUUAUCAAAUGGAAAUUCAAUUGCAUCAGAUUCUAGUCAGUCUGGAGGUUUAGAUGUGAUAACACCUAAGAUAGAUCAAGCACUACAGUACUUCAAACAAAGAGGCAUAACUACAAGUUCUGAUACCAGCUCUAUAUGCCAGUCAGAGCCAGAACUAGAUAGGAGUCUACCUAAACACAAAAAGGAUUCUGAUUCUAGACUAGAGAAGUUAGAAGAACAGCUUCACCAACUUAUACAGUUACAAACAGCUAAGGUUCAUAACAAGUCUGUAGUCAGCAGCUCUGAUUACAAUGAUCUUUCAGACACAAGACAAACGAAUGUAUCUAGACAGUCCAAUGUCUCUAGGCUUGAGGCUGAAAGAGACAUACAAACAGAUGACAGUGAUACAGGGUCAAGGUCAAACAGCAAGGAAAGGAAAGGUCGUAAAAGUCGAAAGUCAAAGAUACCUAGUUACAGAAAAAGUACUGCUGCAUCAAGAGGACAUAAAGAUAUAUAUAAGAAAGAUUCAGGAGAGGCAUCAGUAGAUACAUCUGAUUCCCAGAAACAGCCUUCAGCUUACAUGGUGGAGGACAAAUCACAGAGGGAGGAUGCUAAGUCCACUUAUGUUAAUUUAAUGAAAGAAUUAGAAGAAGAGAGAGAAAGAAGAUGGAAAUCAGAACAAGCCAGUAUGAAACUGGUCGAUCAUAUUAAAAAAUUACAGGUCAAAGUAAAAGAUGGAGAUAAUUUAAAAGACACCGCCAUAGAAGCUACUUCUAGGUUAAAACAAAACCUGACCAAUGAAAGGGAAGUUAAACUGAGGCUUCAGGACCAGGUUGAUAAUCUAAAGGAACAAGUGAAGGCUAUGACACAACAUCUUUCUGUUGCCAAGGAAACAGAAGACAGCUACAAGAAAAGUUUGAAAUCUUUGGAGGAAGUAGCAUCUAAAAUGGAGCGGGAAAAACUUCAACAACAAACACAUGAGCAAAAGAAGAUAAAUGAUGCUAACAUGAAAUCUGCAGCCCUACAGAGAGAGACAGAAUUGUUACGUAGUAUGGUGGACAAACAGAAAUCUCAGAUACAUCAACUACAGGACCUCUUAGCAAAUAGAGAGCAACAGCAUAGAGAAGAAAUGAAGAAGCAUUUUUCUCCUGACAGCCAAGAAUUGAAAGAGCAUAUAGAUAUAGAGGUGAAAAAGUCAAACAAAGAUUUUAUUCGUGAAAUGAAAAAUCAACAAGAAAAGACUGAUCAGAUUACUAAACAGUACAGUGAACUGGAGGAUGAGUUCCGUAUGGCAUUACAGAUUGAAGCUAGUCGAUUUAAUGAGCUAAAAGAGGCCUACCAAAGCUGCAGUGAGGAGAAUGCAGAAAACAAGCAGGCAUUAUUAGCAGCUCACAGAAAGGAUGAAAAGUCUUCUCAAAUGUUAAAUGAAUUAACAGCAUUUGUGAAAGAACAGAAAGGAAGAAUAACAGAAUUGUCUAAAAGUAAACAAGAGCAAAGUUCAGAAUAUAAGAGCAGACUACAUUCAUUAGAGGAAUAUGAGGACGAGGCAAGACGGAAACUUGUACAAUUAGAACUUCUGAAAAAGGACAAAACCAAAUUAUUGGCUCAAGUGGAAGCCCAGGAUUCAGUUAUAAGUGGAUUAAAAGCAGAACGAAAACUAUGGGGUCAUGAAUUAGCACAACAAGGUGCUUCAUUGGCCCAGGACAGAGGAAGACUUGAAGCCAAGAUAGAAUCUUUUAAUUCAGAGAUUGUUAUACUCAAGAAAAGUUUAAAUAAAGAAACUGAUGCCCUAAAAAUCAAGUCAAAGAUGCUAGAAGACCAAACAGAAACUAUACGCAAGCUGAAAGAGGGAUUAGUAGAGAGAGAUGAGGAGAUAAAGAAAGCCAGAGAGGAGGCUUUGAAAACACAAAGAAGUUUAGAGGAACAGUUGAAUGAAGAACGAGCUGGUUCACAAGAUGUUCAGGAAAGAUUAGAUACACUAAGAGAAAGGAAGGAUGAUUUAAAACAUCAAGUAGCUGAUCUAGAGUCAGAACUAGAGGAAUCUAAAAAAGCUCAUAGUAUCCUAAACAACAAAUGGAAAGAGAAGUCCCAGCUGAUAGGACAGUUAGAGAAACAGGUUCAACAGAUGAAAGAUAACUGGGAAAACAAAGAAAAGAAAUUAACACAGGAGAGACAUAAAGCUGUAGAAGCAGCUAGUACAGCCAUAGAAAAGUUGCGGUCUGUAGACGAUUCGUUCAGGAAACAGUUAGAGGCUAAGGAAUCCUCACAUCAAGAGGAAUUCAACAGGCUAGAACAUGAGAAACAAGCUGAGCUGGAUCAAGCUUAUCAGAAGGUGUAUGAAGUUGAGGAGGAGAUGAGAGAAUUACUGAGGGAUCAAGAUGCAAGCAAGAAAGCAACAGAAGAAAAAGUCAAACGAUUAACUAAAGCUCUUGGUGAUCUACAGUCAGAUCUGAUGUAGUUGUCAUUAGAAUAUUUCAGAUUGUAAAAUAUUUAUUUAUUUAUUUAAACUGAUGAUUUUCAGGAUAUGUUUAAUUUGAGCCAAAUAAGCUUUUAAACAAACAUUAAUAGAUUUUCCAGUGCUGUAAGGAACAAAUUUACAACAUUAUAGAGAUAAUUGUAAUCAAAUGUAUACUGUGGAUUCAUUAUUAUUCGUUGGAUACCAUUUUUCGUGGGUUUUUUAAGUACAAGUGAACCACAAAUCCUGAAAUGUUCCAUAGACUUUGUAUGCAGAGAUUGACAAAACCUCAAAAUCAAAUAAUAAACAAAAAUGCAAGUUUUCCUGAACCACAAAAUAAUUGAAUCCACAGUAUGUUAUGUUGAAGAAAAAAGAUAGUUUGAAUUUUGGAAUUUUAUAAAUUUCAAAAA